CGUGUGUCAUCUUGAACCAUAUUAUAACCGCGGCACAUAACACAGAAAUUUUGGUUAUUCGCUUGGAUUUGAUUAUAGACACGACGUCCAACCUAACUAGCGUCAUCUACUUUUAGCAUUUCAAAUUACCCCCAUUCCCUGAGACAGGUCUUCGGCAUAACAAUUAGAGAUUUUUGGUAAUAAUGUGAAGAGAGACACAAAUUCACCUAAACCAAUCCAAGAUUCGUCACCAGGACUACUUCAUUCAAAAUCAAUUCCGUUGAGGGCCUGUACUAUUUUAUGUAAAUAGGAUAAUUUUCUGUCACAUUACGAUAAUGCGAUGUUGGGUAGUUGGCAGCACUGAAAACUGACAUAUUUGACAGCAUUUAUCAUAAACAUAACCUAACUUUUGAACCCAUUUGAGGUCUAUGGUUUUGAUAUUAAAAUCAUUCUAAAUCAAAAAUGCCUUAUAAAUAUAUAGGCCGCACAACUGACUUUAAGGGCAAAACGUUAUGGGAAAUUUUGGGUAAUUUGAAAAACUAUGGCGUUGGAAGAAUCGUGGCUAGAAGUAGAUUCGAAUGCCAGCAAGAGCCAUCAUACUACAAAAUUUUGAAAGUGGAGACACUUGCGAACCCCCAAGAACCUUCUAUGGAUGAUGUAAGGAAAGUCCGAGCAUUAGUUGAAAAAACCUUCAGAGGCAAAACCAUGUCACAACCAAUUCUGAUAGAAUCCAGCAGUUAUAAAGCAGAUUAUAAGUUAAUCCCUAGAGAUGAAGAGGCAGAGUACUGUAAGAAGUCCAUGCAGAAAACUGAAUCAAAACCUGAACAUAUCUUACCAAGAACAAUGGAGUUUCCACCACUUCUUAAGGAACUGCUCAUUAGGGAAGCUGAAGCUAAGGGUGAAAAGAUUGAAGAACCUAAAUUAAGAAUUGUAUAUAAUAAGAGAAGUAUAAGAACUAACUAUAGGAUUGCAAAAGAGGGUGAAACACCUACAGUAGAGUUUGCCAUUGGAUUGGGUGAACCUAGGUCUCCUGGGUUAUAUGAUAUAAAGUGAGUUCUGUAUAUAUUUUGUUAUAGUUAUUAAUAAAGGUGAUUUCUCUAGAAA